AUGCACCCAGAAGACCACCAGCCCCCAUCCGACCCGUUCAGGGAUAUCUUCUGCUCGGCCAUCCAAUCUGCCAUCGAACGCGUGCUUGUCGAGGGGACCCGCCAUGGCAUCGACCUCAAAGCCUUGGACAAGCUGGUCGAUAAGAAUGCCGAGCAGCUCAGCCAGGAUCCCAGCAGCUCGCGUCUGCAGGCCGAGAAAACGCUCAAGAUUGCAGCCCGGGACGAGUCUCUGAAGGCGAUCGAAGGCCUGGCCAUCGGCAUCGCCGCCGAUCUCCACUCCAAACUCAGCCACGAAAAAAACGCUAGCCUGCUACAGCAAGGCGCGUCUGGUGGCAGAAACCCUGCUUGGCUCUGUAAAGCUGAGCCCGACUCCAGCCUCGAGCGUGCCGAAGCCUGCAAGCUGCAGCCCGCGGUCGACUUGGCCAAUGAUCUCAAGAUCCUGCAUAAGCGGAUAGGCAAACAUGCCCACGAGGUCGAGCGGAUCGAUUGCGAACACCAAGUAGCCAUCGAUGGACUACAUCAGCAGAUCGGCGCACACAAGGAGGCCAUCCAAACACUACGACAGUUGCUGCCCGAGCCAUCCCCAUCCCGGUCAGCAGCAGCAGCAGCACUAGACGAUCACCAGAAAAGCACCUGUAGUAACGAGACAGCCCCCCCGAUCAACCGCCCCAAGUCAGCAGACCGAGCCGCGUCGAGCCACACCGACCAUCAACUCGUCGAGCUGCGCGAGGAGCUCGACCGGAUGGACCGGCGGGUCAGCGAGCUCAAGUCGAGCGUCCAGACCAUCCUCACCAAGGAGAUCCCCGUCAACCUCCACCAGUCCGUCCAGUUCAUGCAGCAGGACGUCAACGCUACCGUCCAGAGCGCUCUGACCAGCGGACACGACCGGCUCGCCCAGCUCAUCCGUGACUUCAUCGCUCGCUUCGAACCUCGCAUCCUCCAACUCGAACAACUCGCCGCGAAGCAGAUCCCUAACUUCCCCUCCCUUACUCCCACCCGAGCCGCCCCUCCCAAUAGUACUACUGCCGACCCCGAUCCCACCAGACUCCUCCUUCGUCGCCCCACAGCUCAAUCCCCAGAUCCCAAGCUCUUCUCCGAAGACGAAUCCGAGAAAUGCAAUCAACAGUGA